AUUGGAUCGUCGAUUUUCGAUGUUGUCCCUUACUUAUGACAUACCAAUUGUUUUUGUUGUUCUUACAAUUAGCGUUUGUAUAAAUAGUGUUCGGCAAAAUGAUUUAACAACGAAUCGAAUUUGAUGUUUGGGAAUUGUUUAUUGUAUUUGAAUAUUUGUUUACUCUAGAGACCGAAAACAAUCGCCACAUGAGCAUUCUCGCGUAGUGAACUAAUCAACACAGACGAAAAUAUUUUGUAUUUUAGUUCCGAAAAUCUUCGUGCGAGAGCUCUUAAACCACUGGGUAGUGAAGGUAAGAUGUGUUGGUUGUUUUGGUUCAAAGGUUGGCAAGACAGCAACAAAUUAACUCAGAUGAAAUUUCAAUUUAAUUUAAAUCACCACAAACAUGUUUUAAAGCUUGUCGUGUUUUUGCUACACCAUAACGAAUCUCGAUUUUUUUGAAAUCGCAUUCCCAAUGAUAUGCUGCAUGGGUUUGGUAUGCAAAUAUCAACACUUGCUCACAUAGUUCCAAUAUAAAGGGUGUCCCGACAAGAACGCGAUUUUUUAUGGAGGGUAUAUUAACUUUGUCAUUCGUUUGUAACUCCUCGAAAUAUUCAUUAUAGACCCUACAAAGUAUAUAUAUUCUGGAUCAGCGUAAACUUCUAAGACGAUCUAGCGAUGUCAGUCUGCCUGUCUGUUGUAAUCACGCUAUCUUUCCAAUGAAUUGAUAUAGAAGACUAAGAGCCUGUUCCACGAUCUCGAAAGAAACUUUGUGCGAACGAAGGCUACUUCGUAAAAGAAUGUGUUCCACUAACUUUCGUUCUUUCUUUCGCAUAGCUUUACGUGAUUCAGUGUUGCUAAAUAUUUUUUGGAAAAAGACGAAACCUGUGAUAUUGACAAAGUAUGUAGACGAUUUAUUUAUGAUUGUUGGGGAAAAUGCAAUACAAGAAACAUUGACGACUUUCAAUAAUUUCAACAAAAAUAUUAAAUUUACCAUUGAAAAGGAGCAUAAUGGUUCCAUCCCAUAUCUGGACACACUUGUAAUGAGAAAGGACAAUAAAAUAGAAAUGAACUGGUAUCAAAAACCGACGGCAUCGAGUCGCAUAUUAAAUUUCCACUCGAAACAUCCAAAACAAAUGAUUAUUAACACAGGUAGAAAUCUUAUAAACAGAAUAUUGAAUAUUAGCGACCAUAAAUUCCACGAAACUAAUAAAAACAAAAUACGAAAAAUACUGUCCAAAAACUGUUUUCCAAAAUUAUUAAUUGAAAAAUUAAUAAAUGAAUAUAAUAUACCGAAAUCUAAGGACAAAUCUCAAGAAAAAUAUUACAAAUCAAUGAUUUAUAUUCCUGGAUUAUCUGAGAGAUUCCAAAAUUCCGAUUUAUAUGACAAGGAUAAACUGCAAAUAGCAACACGGACAAACAAUACACUAAAAAGUUUAUUUACUAAUACCAAAAGUAGAAUUCCGUUAAGUGAGAGACACAAUGUAAUAUAUAGCAUUGAAUGUGAUGGAACAACAGACGAAAAAUGUGGAAAAAUAUAUGUUGGUACCACAAAAAACAAAUUAAAAACUAGAAUAUCGGGACAUAAAUCAGACAUUAAAUUAAGGAGCCAAAACAAUAUUCAAAAAACAGCACUUGCGGAACACUGUAAACUUAACAACCACAUACCAAACUUUGACAAAAUACGAGUAUUACAGGCGGAGAAUAACUACAACAGAAGGUUAACAUUGGAGAUGCUGCAUAUAAAUAACAUACCAACAAACAAAAAGAUCAAUUACAAAAGCGACACCGAUAAUGCAGCUUAUUGUUAUCGACACUUGACAAAGAAGAGAUCGUGCAAUACGUAGAAAUAAUCAGUGCAAUAAUAACACCAGACAAUGGUAGUAAAAACUACAUUAGCUGUUAAGUAAAUCUGACUAUUUUAUGUAAAUAUUGCCCCUGAAGAUGCAAUUUGAUAAUUGCGAAAUAUUGGGAACAUAUUAUUGUAAUCAAUAAAAUAAAUCCGAAAAUGGCCUAAAGCUCGAAAAAAUCUUAUUAUUUAUAAAUCAAAUAAAAAGG